GAAAAAAAUCAUACGAAUUAUAUAUCCGCGCAAUGGUCUCUACAAAUUAUCUCCUUAGUCUUUUGGUAUUUGCUCCUCUUUUGGUACAAGCUCAGCCCACAAACGCAGGCAACGCUGCCUUAGAUAAGCGAGAAUCCACCCAAUGCUACGGUAGCGGCCACUGGGGUUAUAUCAGUGAUGUCGUGGCAGCCUGUAAAAAGGCUUCCAGCGACUUUUCAAACAAGUUGGUCGGCAAGGAUUAUCCUAUGCAAAUAACGUAUGGUCCUUACAACACUGGAAGCGGAAGAAAGGCCGUCGUUGAUAUCAGAGCGGAGUACAUUCGUGGAAAUCUGUACGAUAGAGUUCGCUCAAACGAUAUCACUUAUGCUUGUAAAGAAAUAGUUCAAAAAUGUCGUGGCAAUAACCAAGAUACUCGUGGUGGAUCGUCUGUGCAAAGUGCAUUCAAGAUCUAUGUUGAUGUGAACGCAUGUAACUGCUAAUCUAUUGAAUUGUUUCUUUUCCUAGAGAAAUAAAUAAUUUGUAGUUGUGAAG